AACUCAUGACCUCUGACUCCAAAGCCCGUGCUCUUUCCACUGAGCCACACUGCUUCACCAUGCCGCUUCUCAUACAGAGGGAGACCUAGACCGACUGAGAAAUCCAAGCUUCCCCCACCCCACGCUCCUGACUAGCCUUCCCUUGGAGCUGGAGGACGAGGCCCGGUGAUCGUGCGGGAACUCGGAGGCGAGGAUGACCCGGGUGCCGCUGGGCAAGGUCCUCCUGAGGAAUGUCAUCCGGCACACGGACGCCCACAACAAGAUUCAAGAGGAAUCGGACAUGUGGAAGAUAAGGGAGCUGGAGCGACAGAUGGAGGAGUCUUCUAGGCGGGUCCCACGCCGACCGUCUCCUGGACGCUCAAGCCGGAUGCGCAGCGACGGCUUCGACGAGGAAAGUCGGCGAGCGGACGGGAGGGUCCAACGGGAGAUGUCCGGGGCUCCGGAGGACGACGCGCUCAGGGCCCGAUUCUGGAACAGGCGGCUGUACGAGUGCGAGGCCGCCAUGCCGGACAGGUGGGGUCACAGCGGCUACAAGGAGCUCUACCCCGAGGAGUUUGACACGGACAGCAGCGAUCAGCAGGAGCCACGAGCCCUGGUCAACGGCGGCGGGAGGGAACUCCAGGAGGCAGCCUCUACCCGCCAGGCCUGCAAGCGCAAGAAGUCAAAGAAGUCGCACAAGAAGAAGCGGAAAAAACGGUCCCACAAGAAGCCAAAGAAAAGCAAGAAGGGGCCCGAGGAAGGAGCGGACAGUUCCUCGAGCGAGGGCUGGCGGGAACCACGGGACACUGGGACCGAGAAGCGGCACCGCCCGCGCAAGAAGGUGGCCAGGAAAAAGGGGUCCAAGAGACCCGCCUCGUCCUCGUCAUCCUCCUCUUCUUCCUCCGAGCCCGACGGCGACGCGCGCUCCUCGAGGGCCGGCCAGGAAGGGGUCCCCGGCGGAGCCCGGAGGCAGAGGGGCGAGAGGGAGCGGAGGGGGCCGGCCGGUUCGAGGAGGAGCGAGCCUUGCGAGAGGAGGGCAGACAAACGCAAGAACUGGAAAGUGGCCACGGCCGACGCCGAGUCGGACGAGAGCUCCGAGGACUGAUGGGGGUGAGGGGGAAGCCGGUCCCGCCCCGGGCCCCCGGGCUCCCGCUGGGAGAUGCCAUACUGGGGCAGAACCUCCCGGGCCCUGGGUUCGGGCCGACCGAGAUCUCGGGGUGAGACUCGUGUUCCGUUCAAGCCUCGAUCCCUGAGCACGAUGAAGCCAAAGAGGCCAGAAGCUGGGGGUGGGGGUGAGGGGGGGCUGUCCCCAAGAGGGCGAUUGGGGUGGGGAGGUGCUUUCCUGGUGCUUUCCAUAGGAAGCCAGCACGAGCCCCCGCCCACCCCCAGUCCUCGCCCCCGGCCUUUCAUUCGCAGCCUUGGUGCCUUCAACCCCCGACCGCCUCCCGUAGGGGUGAGGGGCCGGGGGGCUCUCCUGUCGAGAUUAGGCUUCUCCUCCUGCUCCGAGGUAGGGAAACCUACUCCCCAAGGCUCUCCCCCUUGCAAUAAAAGACAGCAGCUGCCACCAGCCAGGGGCAAAGUGCCCCCCAAAUGGCCAGUUCCUUGGUCCCCCUCCCCGCCCCCUCUGCACUCAGAACCCACCCCCCACCAGGAAUCCCCAGUCUUCCCUCCCCUGAGCCCCAGGGGAGCCUGGAUCUUCUGCAGCCCCGAGGCGGGCCUCUCAGGGAUUUCUCCACCACCCCCGCCCCUCUGGCAGCUGCAGGACAGGACACCCAGCCGGCUGGGUGGGAGUUUAGGAAGGGGAAGGGGCUGCUGGCCUACGGGAGGAAACGAUCAAUGUCUGUCAGCGCCACCGGAUGCAACUCAGCCCCUGAGAGACAUAGACCUCUGAGGACAAUUGUCUGAGGAACUCAGACAAUUCCCGUCACUUCCCUGGCCUCAGUCUCUUGGACUACAGAACGGGGACGAGAGAGCUCCUGGGGCUAGAAUGGGGAGAAGAGAACAUGAAGCAGAUCAAAGCUCCUUUGGAGCUGGCCACCAAGUUAAGCGUGAAUCUUGGCUGCUCCCUGAGUCUGAACCUGGGGAGGAGACCGUCUCCUCCCGAAUGCCCACCCUGGGACUAUCGGGGAAGGGAGAGGCCGACUGGCCCCCAGGGAAGUCACGAGCAUUAAAAUCAGUUCCUCCAGCCGAGCACUCGGUCCUGAGGGCUGAGGCUCGGCCUUUUGCGGUCCCUGCCUCCACCUACCCGCCCUCUGCCCCCAGUUGAGAUAUCAGAUUUCAGUUUUCCUAUGACCAGAAACCGUUACCUCGAGGUGACUAGGGGUAGCCUCAUGCUGGGAACUUUACAGGGGAGACUGUAAAGGGAGGGAGGGGCUGGGCCCUUGUUUUUUGGUGUGAAAAGGUGUGUGGGUGUGUCGGUGGUGGUGGGGGCGGAGGUCUUUAGGUUAAGGUCCAACCCCUUCCCUGAACCCCUUCCCCUUCAGGGCAGAAACACGACUCCACCCGGGUCUGGUCCUUUUAAAUUGUCUGUAGCAGUUAAUGCUCCGAGGGAUGGUCAGGGCCUGCGCCAUGCCAGCGUUAGCGGGCCUCCUCUUUUUACUAGCAGAAGCAGGUGGGGUGGGGGACGCCGCCGAAGGAAGCCCAGGUUUUUAGGGUAAAUUAUGACAAGCUCGAAGUUCCGAAUAAAUAACUUUCUAUUUUGAA